AGUUUUCUUAGUACAAGGCUUAGAACUAUUUCUAGUAACACAACGAGUUUUAAAAAUGUUCACGACACAACGCUAAAUAUCAAUAAGCCUUCAAUUUGUGUCCAAUUUGAAUUCUGAGAAUAACUUAAAUACGUUAAAAUGUUGAAUAUUGUGAAAAUCAGAUGGAAAUCAUGAAUGUGUUUUUAAAUGUAAAAUGUUUUUUAAGAUUAUCAUAAUUGCUGUCGUAAUCCAGUUGAGCAAAUGUUCAGUGGUCUUAGACAUUUUGAGCCAAGGAGGCGUUCAUAUCUCAGAUUAUUGCCCCAAAAUGAAAUAUUGUCCCGAAGGCGCCCAUGUCAUGUGCAUGCAUUAUGACCCUAAACAUGUGAUGGGACCACGAUGCAGUAAUCCUAAAAAUGUGUCCAUAACUCACGAACUCGCCAACAAAUUGCUUGAAGUUUCCAACGCUGUCCGUAGUAAGAUAGCCCUCGGCAAGGAAAAAGGGAAGGGCGGCAAUUACUUGCCAAAAGGCUACGGAAUAUUCAGGCUGAAAUGGGACAGCGAGCUGGCUACGUUUGCGCAGGUGUUGGCCAAUCAAUGUGUUCUGAAACACGAUUUGUGUCGAGCUACAAAGAAAUUUCCUGAUCCCGGUCAAACAGCCGGGCUAGUCCGCUUCUCUUACCCGGAUUGGUACCCAGUGUCAAAGUCAGCGCACUUUACAACGCCCGGACUAAGCACGCCAAAGCUAUUCUAUGCUAUAACGCAAACCCUGAAGUCUUGGUAUGGACAGAAGAAUUCGGUCUCAUCGGACAUGAUAACUAGUUAUCCAGAUUGGAGUUUAAACCCAAACCACCAGGAGGGCAGGCUUUAUCUGGAGAUGAUCUAUGGGCCGGCCACGCACAUGGGCUGCGGCAUAUCUGCAUACACUGAAUACGCUUAUUACGACAACAAUGCUCCACUGAAUUAUAAUUCGGUCCAAGUUAUAUGCAACUAUUCAUCACGUCCUCGUAAACUUGGUCCAGUUUACAACACAAUGCCGCCGACCACGCCCGGUUUUAGUUCCAAAUGCGGAUGUCCUCCGGGCAGCGAAGAGGAUUCCAACUGUUUGUGUCAAGAGAGCUCUAGACCACAGCCCACUCCAUUGAAACAUAUAACUCGCAAAUGUACUAAAGGAGAUGUGAACUGCGACCCGACUGUGGUCGUUCUGCCAAUAUUUACGAUGGAAGAUGCUCCACCACAUAAACUCAUUUCUAAUUCUUAUGGAGGUGCAAAUGGAUCGAUAACAGAUAAAAACUCAUUAGAAAUAUUCGAUUACUAUGAAAAAUCUGAACCUACACAUGAUUUAAUAAACGAGCAUAAUACUUUCGAUGACAUACGUAGAAUGGAUAAGGUUACUCCGAGAGCGACGACAAGAUCAGGUAAAAAAAAGCAAAUUUUGGAUGUCAAAAACCGAUAUUUCAAUAGAAAGACGAUGGUAUCAGAUACAAAACACCUUAUGGACCCCCACAGAGCUUUACAACGCAGUCCGCAACAACGGAGACAAAGCGUGUUUACAAGAGCGCAAACAUUCGAGUUACCGCAUAUGCAAAGAAAACAGUCUGACAACACAAGGAAAUACAAUGUUAUUAAAAAGGAUGUUGUGCCCAGGAAAAAUUUUGACACAGCACAAAUUCUAGUAAAGAAGUACAUGACUAGAAAAAUAACAAACGACCCUUAUUCUAAAAUAAAAAUAUCUGACGUCAAACCAGUUUCAUCAGAAAAUAAUAUUCACGGCAAGAAUGGUUUUACUGAAACAAUGUUGCAUACAGCAGAAGACAAGGUUAUCGAUUACAGCCGAUAUUUUAACGAUAACAACAUAUCCGCGGUACAGUCUAUCACUAGAAGUUUUAACGAAACUGCUAAUCAACUAAUAAUGUUAUGCAAUGAAUUAGAAAAAAUGGUAAGAAAAAUAGAAUUACAUGGUACAGAUAAAGAUGUAGUUAUUGCAAAAAUCAAGAAAAUAUACCAACAGGUCGUAGGGAAGCCUAUUAAUUUAGUUAGAAGUGACGACAAAGCAGAGACCGAUUUUGAUAAAGCCUUAACUGAUUCUGAAACGCUCAAAAAAGAAUUUGCUGACGCAAGAACGAAUGUGUUCGACAAGUAUUCCCAAACAGAUUAUAAUAAAAGACCCAUGUCUAUAGCAAGGAAUCAAAACACUUUAAUUAAAGGUAAGGACGCACAUAUGGAUUUCACAGACAACAUUAAGGAUUAUCCUGAAGCCAAAUUUAUUGUUUCUGGUAAUACACCUCGAUAUCCAACGUAUUAUGCAGACGAUAUAAAACCAAGGAACGUUUAUAAAAGUGCUGAAGAAAAGAGUGUUUACGCAAAUGAGAACAAUGAUAAAUUAAAACAUAAAAUCGAAAGGGAAAGAAUAACUAAAAAAUAUGUCGAUUUUGAUACAUACGAUGAUCCUUUAAGCCCAGAUAGAAGAAAGUAUUACCAAGCGAAACUAGAAAGGUUGGAAAAAAAAAUACGAAAUACUCGAAGACAUCGUAAUACUAUGGAGAGAGAGCGCGGCGUGCCUCUAGUGCGGCCGACAGAGGACUUGCAUACGCCAACACGAUCUAAAAAUCAAUUGGAAAACACAUUCUAUCCGGAACGAGCUAGGUUUUUGAAUGGAUUUCGAUAGCAAGAAAUUUGAAUUUACCUUUAUUAUCCAAACUGAUUCCAAAUUUAAAUUCAUAGCCUUUUCCCUAUCCGGACGUUUGUAGGUAAAGAUGUAUCACGCAAAUUAAUUUAAAUAUUGUGUAAUUAAGGUUUAUAAUUAUUCUAUACAUACUUAAGAUACACCAAUUCCUUUAUAAAAGGUAUUUAUGUA